AUGAAUUCCACCGACUCAAGUUUGGAAUGCGUUUCACCAAAAGCGAAAUCGAAACGCCCAGUGAUUUCAGAGGUCCUUCCUAAUGAUCAAAAACUGGCGAAUCGCUAUGUAGUUUGGAAAAACUUAAUAGAUAAAUACAGUAAAGUUGAUGGUAAUGAUGAAGAGCUUGACAUAGAUGAAGCAAUAGAAAGGUACGUAGGAAAAAAACGCGACGAGGAAGAAAGUUCCGAGGAGGAACCAGAGAAUAACGUAAUAGAAGUAGACGAAUGCAGCUCUAGUGACUCAUCGACAGAUUACGAUGAUGUUCGUGAAGAAUUGGCCGAAGCGAAAAAGAAACGUAUUUCUCGAUGGAAAGAAAACGGUAUGGAAAAGGUUUUUACCACCGAUUUUACCGUAAACGUUGAGGCCGUCAUGCAAUGGUUUGAUAACUGCCAACUUGGGGAGGGUAAGACACUUUCCCAAGAAAGAGAAACACAUUUUACUGAAAUGACCGAUAAUUCACAAAUGAAUGUGACUUGUAAGACGAACAUAUCCUUACUGAACGAUGAUUGGCGUAAGCAAAUUUCAACAGCAAAUACCACAAACUACGAAUUUGCCGAAAAAGCUGAUAGGAAGAUUAUCGUACGUCAAGUGGAAAAGCGAACAAUAUCGUCAUUCAUCCCCAGUAUGCCACAUACCCCGUACAAUGCGGUGCAACAUCGACCCGAUUUUGAUUUAAUGUUUGAUUCAAACUUUUUAAGCCACAGUAUGCCCGGUUUCGGGCUACCAAAACCCCUCACGCAGUUCAAGCAUAUAGAAUUAGGGCAACCACUCCUCAGUGCUAUGAAGAAGAGUACCGUAGUGCCAAAAGAUGCUCCCCAGAGUAGUCGAAAGGAAAGCGCACAGGAUGUGGGUUUCGAAUCUCACGGCAAAAACAUUUUUGAACUAAAGAAGAAUAAUAAUUCCAAGGUAUGCAAGCAGGUACGAUUUAAACCAUCUAAGAAGAAACCCCUAAAAAGAUUACCAUCGGAAUCCUCCAGCACCGACAGUGAUGACGACAAUGUUCCGAUUAUAAAUUUAAUUACAUCUUGUGCCAACAGAUCGAAUCACUCGUGUGCAACGCUACGAGAUCAAUAUACGAAAAACAAAUCGAACUCAUCAAAAUCAAACACAAUUUUGGCUAAAAACAAGACGCUGAAUCCGAACAAGCUAAAUGAAAAGUCUACCCAGUCGAAAAUGAACCAACCGUUAAAAUCUUCUUCCAAUGAAACAAAUGGUGUGCUAUCUAAAGAUCUAGCAAAACUUAUUUUAACGGAUAUUUGUAAACCUACUGCAAACCAAGUAAGCACUCAUUCAAUGAACAACAAAUCUACAUUAAACAAUCAUAGCUGUGUGGCAAAAGAUAGAGAUGUAUCGAUUCAGAAAGCUUACAAUAAUCGAAACUAUCCCAUGCCAGCUGACUACCGGCAUCAGUUGAGUAUCAAUGGGCGACUUCCUUACAAGACACAAGGUACCGUCGUUUAUCGUCCCAAAUCAAUUCAUCAGAGUCUUCCAAGGAAUGCUGCUAAGAUUUGCAUCAAUAGCAAUGACUUAGAUCUGAAUGCCGUCACGUGUCCUUCGCGGCGUAAGAAAUUCGAAAAUUUUAAUCGCCUAAUACAUCCAAAUUCGACGCUUGUUUACUAUAUGAGCGAGUCAGAUGAAGAGCCUGAAAGUAAAGAAAAGGCAUUAUCAGUAAAAUCAAACGCCCAGGAUGAAAUGUCGGAGGACGACGAUGAUCCAAUUCUAACGUUCCGACCACAACUCUGCAUCCUAACGUUUUUCAACGACGAUGCAAACGUUUGUUAA